UUCUCUCUCAACAACUCAGCUCAGCUCAGCUUAAGCUUAAGCUUAAGCUCGAUCAGAGAUGCGUUUUACGUUUCGAUCAACAUCGAUCCUGACCGUCCAUUUCAAAAAGUAUUCAUCCUCCUCUGCAUCGAAGCUAUCUCCUAGACAAGAUCACGGGCUCAUGAUCAAACGAGGGGAUCACAGUUCUCUCUUCCUUCAAAACAAGCUCUUGCAAGCUUACACGAAACGCAGAGACUUCGAUGAUGCAGACAAGCUAUUCGACGAAAUGCCUGCUAGAAAUAUCGUUACCUGGAACAUAUUGAUCCACGGGGUUAUACACCGAAACGGGGACGCCGAGCAGAAAGCUCGUCUUGGUUUCUAUUACACGAGACGGGUUCUUCUCAGUGGAGUGGGGUUGGAUCAUGUGUCAUUCAUUGGGUUGAUACGGCUGUGUACUGAUUCAGACCAUGUAGAAGCUGGUAUACAGUUACACGGGUUGAUAAUGAGACAAGGUCUUGAUUCAGACUGUUAUGUAAGUACUACUCUUGUCGAUUUCUACGGGAAAUGCGGUUACGUUGCUGAAGCGAGACGAGUUUUUGAGGCAGUUUCGGGUAAAGAUUUAGUGCUGUGUAACGCUUUAGUCUCUUCUUAUGUGCUUAACGGUAUGGUUGAUGAAGCUUUUGGUUUGCUUAAGGUGAUGGGAUCCUCCUCCCCAGGUGAUAAUUUCACUUUCUCGAGUCUUCUCAGUGUGUAUAAGGUCGAACAAGGGAAGCAGAUUCACGCCGUUGUCUUCAAACUGUCGUUUUUAUUGGACGUUCCUGUGGCGACUGCAUUGGUUGAUAUGUAUGCUAAGAGUAACCAUAUGAGAGAGGCCCGAGAGUGUUUUGAAUCGAUGGCUGUGAGAAAUGUGGUGUCUUGGAACGCGAUGAUUGUGGGUUAUGGACAUAAUGGAGAAGGAAGAGAAGCUGUGAGACUUCUUGGGCAGAUGAGAAGUGAGACUACUCUCCAACCAGAUGAGCUUACCUUUGCGAUUGUUUUAAGUUCUUGCGCGAAGCUCUCAUCGGUUCAGGAGAUUAAGCAAAUGCACGCCGUUGUUACUAAACAAGGCUAUGCAUGUUUCCAGUCUGUGGCUAAUUCUCUGGUAACUGCUUACUCCAAGACUGGGAGUUUAUCUGAAGCACUUGUUUGUUUUCACUCGAUCAGAGUACCUGAUCUUGUUUCAUGGACUUCAGUAAUCGGAGCUUUAGCUUUUCACGGAUUAGCGGAAGAGAGCUUGAGGAUGUUUGAAAGUAUGCUGCAGAAACUUCCCCCAGACAAGAUCACUUUCUUAGAGGUUCUGUCUGCUUGUAGCCAUGGAGGAUUAGUUCAAGAAGGGCUUCAUUGCUUCAAAUUAAUGACUGAGGUUUACAAGAUAGAGCCAGAGGAAAAACACUACACAUGUCUGAUCGAUCUUCUUGGCCGAGCUGGUUUCAUCGACGAGGCCAUAAAUGUUUUAAGGUCAAUGCCUAUGGAACCACGCACAGAUGCUUUGGCAGCUUUCACAGGAGCAUGUAACAUCCACGAGAUGAGAGAUUCUAUGAAAUGGGGUGCAAAGAAGCUUCUUGAAAUGGAACCCAGCAAACCUGUAAACUACUCUCUCUUGUCAAAUGCUUACGUCUCUGAAGGCCAUUGGAACCAAGCGGCUAUAGUGCGUGAAACAGAGAGGGGAUAUUGCAAUAAUCCCAAAUCUCCAGGUUGCAGUUGGCUUGGGGACUAA